UGGGGCAGCGUGGGCCGGUGCUUUGGAAACGCAGAGCGCGCGCUCCAGGUAAAAGUUGUUGCGCCCAGGACAGGGUUCUCACGGUGGAGGAAAGGACUGCUCCGGGACACCACGCUGUGCGCCGGAAAGCUGGGCGGCUUCGCAGCCAGAGCAGCGCCUCUGCGGCGCAGGCGGCGGGCCGGGGCAGCCUUGAAGCCGGGAUCCGGCCCGAAGGGUCAGCACCAGCUCGCCUCCGGUUGGCGCCGCCUUCGAUGUCAUUCAAUGUCAAGUUCCAGGGCAGUAGCUUGGACCCGUUUGGCGAGCGCGGAGUGAGUGGCGCAGGAGGAGCUCCCCUAGGUCCCCGAAGCGUCAUCACGUGGUCUUUUUCCAAGGACAAGGCUGCCUGCAGUCAAGUAAUGGGUCUUUUUGGAGUUCCUGAGCUGAGUGCCCCGGAAGGAUUUCAUGCUGCACAAGAAAAAGCCUUCAGAAAGGCAGAAUUGCUUGUGGGCCGUGCGUGUUCCACCCCACCUGGGCCCCAGACCGUGCUGAUCUUCGAUGAGCUCUCGGAUUCCUUGUGCAGAGUGGCCGACUUGGCUGAUUUUGUGAAAAUCGCUCACCCUGAGCCAGCAUUCAGAGAAGCUGCGGAAGAAGCUUGUAGAAGUAUUGGCACCAUGGUGGAGAAGUUGAACACAAAUGUGGAUUUAUAUCAAAGUUUGCAAAAAUUACUAGCUGAUAAAAAACUUGUGGAUUCCCUUGAUCCAGAAACAAGGCGAGUGGCUGAACUGUUUAUGUUUGAUUUUGAAAUUAGUGGAAUCCAUCUAGACAAAGAAAAGCGUAAAAGAGCAGUGGACCUCAAUGUUAAAAUCUUGAAUUUGAGUAGUACAUUUCUUAUGGGAACCAAUUUUCCCAAUAAGAUUGAGAAGCAUCUCUUACCAGAACACAUUCGUCGUAACUUUACAUCUGCUGGGGAUCAUAUCAUAAUUGAUGGUCUCCACGCAGAAUCGCCAGAUGACUUGGUGUGAGAAGCUGCUUAUAAAAUUUUUCUUUACCCCAAUGCUGGUCAAUUGAAAUGUUUAGAAGAAUUGCUCAGCAGCAGAGAUCUUCUGGCAAAGUUGGUGGGGUAUUCCACGUUUUCUCACAGGGCUCUCCAAAGAACGAUAGCUAAAAAUCCAGAGACUGUCAUGCAGUUCCUUGAAAAACUAUCUGACAAACUUUCUGAAAGAACUCUAAAAGAUUUUGAGAUGAUACGAGGGAUGAAAAUGAAACUGAAUCCUCAAAAUUCCGAAGUAAUGCCUUGGGACCCCCCCUACUACAGUGGUGUGAUUCGUGCAGAAAGGUAUAAUAUUGAGCCCAGCCUAUAUUGCCCGUUUUUCUCUCUUGGAGCGUGCAUGGAAGGCCUGAAUAUUUUGCUUAACAGACUGUUGGGGAUUUCAUUAUAUGCAGAGCAGCCUGCAAAAGGAGAGGUGUGGAGCGAAGAUGUCCGAAAACUGGCUGUCGUUCAUGAAUCUGAAGGAUUGUUGGGGUACAUUUACUGUGAUUUUUUUCAGUGAGCAGACAAACCACAUCAGGAUUGCCAUUUCACUAUCCGUGGAGGCAGACUAAAGGAAGAUGGAGACUAUCAACUCCCAGUUGUAGUUCUUAUGCUGAAUCUUCCCCGUUCCUCAAGGAGUUCUCCAACUUUGCUAACUCCUGGCAUGAUGGAAAAUCUUUUCCAUGAAAUGGGACAUGCCAUGCAUUCAAUGCUAGGACGUACUCGUUACCAACACGUCACUGGGACCAGGUGCCCUACUGAUUUUGCUGAGGUUCCUUCUAUUCUGAUGGAGUACUUUGCAAAUGAUUAUCGAGUAGUUAACCAAUUUGCCAGACAUUAUCAGACUGGACAGCCACUGCCAAAAAAUAUGGUGUCUCGUCUUUGUGAAUCUAAAAAGGUUUGUGCUGCAGCUGAUAUGCAACUUCAGGUCUUUUAUGCCACUCUGGAUCAAAUCUACCAUGGGAAGCAUCCCCUGAGGAGUUCAACCACAGACAUUCUCAAGGAAACACAAGAGAAAUUCUAUGGCCUACCAUACGGUCCAGAUACUGCCAGAGGCCCCGCCCUACCUAGUGCUGUGUCCAGAAUUUGUGGGUUCUUGGUCUCACUGACUUCAAAAACGAAGCCGCCCGGACCCUCGUGUAUCAAGAAGCACCUGUGGAAAAAAAGGAUUCAAAAGAAGAAAACCAUAACCAUCUUACAAGUUUUUGCAUUGCUGAAGACUGACUUCACCCAGACCUACCAACUGGUCCUGAGACCCCCACCCAGGAACCUAUUCAGUGCAGGAGGACAGCUUCAGCUCCCUACGUCUUCAUGUGUGACCCAAUUGAUGAGCACUUCCUUCUUCCUGGCCCCCUACUGACCAAACUAUCCUUUAAAAACCCUAGUCACUGAGUUUCCAGGGAGACUAAUUUGACUAAUAAUAAAACUGGUCUCCCAUUCAGCCAGCUCUGCAUGAAUUAAAUUUUCUCUAUUGCA